GAAAGUGAAAGUUAUCCCAACCGACGGAUGUUCAAGUUUGCAACCAUACGACGAAAAAAGUCAAUAUUAUUUCUGCAUCUCAAAAUUAUAUUUCUCGCAUAUUGCACGGUUUUUUAAUUAAAAAAUUUUAUUUUUGUUUAUCAAAUUAUUAAAUAACACUUAGAUAUAAUUACUAAUGAUUAAUCUAAACUCUAAAAGUAUAGAUCGAUGUGAUUUUCUCGUAUUAAUUUUUACAGUUGGCAACAAUGAUUUGGCGUGAAGUUGCUUAUCGCGAUAUCUCGAAGUGAGCAGUGCGUUGGUAGACACCACGCAUUAAAGAGCGUCUUAUGCUUGCGACGCGUUGCAAGUAAUCUCAAGUAAAAAGUGUACUGCGAAAUGUAUAUUAUUUUCAUUAAUGUUGUUAUAACGGAAUGAAACAAAGAAUUAUUAGUAUUAAUAAAAGUGUGAAUAAUUAGUAUUAAUAAAAAUAUGGAUAAAAUAAAUAAUUUUAAUAACGAUCUUUUUCUGUCAGAGAAUGAAUAUGACAGAAAUGAUGGCGAUUAUAAUGAUAAUGAAGUUACGAGAUAUCAUGAUGCAAAGAGUAAUUUCAAAUCGAAAACGAAAAAAAAAUAUCGUACUUCAGCUUCCGAAAGUACAGUUAAGAAAAAGAAACGAAGCAAAAAAGGUACUGAUGUAGUUUCGAAUAGAGAAAAAGAAGCUUCCAUAUCGAAUAUUAACGAUUAUGAAGGCGAUUAUUCGAAAAACUUUAAUGAAACUAACAACGAUCCUGAAUUUGAGAUAAAACAUAUAUCUCACGGUCCAUUUUAUGAAGACUUUAACAAAGAUACAGAGGUUGAUAGAAUACAAGACAUGACCUCUCCUUUCAAUAUUGAAGCAUCUGUUUCUAAUGUAUCAAAGGGCAUUAAAAGACGUCAUAUAUCGACUGACGACGAUACAGAUAAUGACGAUCAGAAUACAUGUAAAAAGUAUGGUGAAGAUAGAAAUAGAGGAUUUAUAAAAGAUAAUAUAGAAUAUAAUAUCGAUAAAAGCCUUGAGAAAAAUAGACAAAGUCACUUAGAACCGUUCUACGAAGAUUUCAAUAAAGAUCAAUUUGAGAGUUCGUAUGAGAUGACCGCAAAUUUUAGCGAAGAUACACCAACAUUCAAUAUAUCCAAAAGUGGCAAAAUAAAGUACAAUAAAUCGUUUGAUGAUAAUAAGUCAUUAAAAAUAAAUGAAAGUAGUGACCAAGAAAAUUCUUCCAAAAAAAUUUGUUUGGAAAAAAUAGGAAAUGUAACAUCAAACACAACUGGUAAUGCUACUAAUGGAAAGGGAAAAGCAGAACUUAUGAUGGAAAAAAUGGGAUAUCAAGCUGGUAAAGGUCUUGGAAAAAAUAAUCAAGGUCGAUUAGAGCCAGUACAAACUUCGAUGCAACGUGGACGCAGAGGAAUUGGUCAUUCUUAUCCUGAACUUGAAGCUGCGAGCCUUAAAUGGGACCCUAAAGAAGAGGUAAUACAAAUUAAAGAAGAUAUGGAAUGGUUGCGAAAUAUACACCAUCAUACAUUAACGACAAAAGAAAUGCACGAUUGGAUGGUACUGGGUCCAAAAAAAGAAACAAUACAUAAUGAAACUAAAUUUUGUGAAUCAAAAAUAGUUAAAGAUAUCAUAAAUUCAAAAACAAUAUUUGAUAGGAUAGAUAAAGUAGAAAUGCGUAGAGCAAGAACACGUUCCAAUCCAUAUGAAACAAUUCGAGGUGCUUUCUUUUUAAAUCGUGCUGCUGUCAAAAUGGCAAACAUGGACAAAGCUUGUGAUUUUCUAUUUACAAAACCGACUAAUUUAAAAAACAAUGAGCUACUGUAUUUCGCAGACGUAUGCGCUGGUCCAGGUGGUUUCAGUGAAUACGUUUUAUGGAGGAAAAAGUGGCAUGCUAAAGGAUUUGGUUUUACUCUAAAAAAUGAGAAUGAUUUUAAACUAGGUGAUUUCUAUGCUGGAUCACCAGAAACUUUUCAUACCUUUUAUGGUCCGAAAGGUGAUGGUGACGUAUUUGAUACGAGUAACCAGGAAGCUUUCAGAGAUUUAAUAAUGAAACAUACUCAUGGCAAAGGUGUACAUUUUAUGAUGUCAGAUGGUGGAUUUUCAGUUGAAGGACAAGAAAAUAUUCAAGAAAUUUUAUCGAAGCAAUUAUAUUUGUGUCAAUGUUUAGUUGCCCUGAUGAUAGUAAGAGAUGGUGGUAGUUUUGUAACUAAACUAUUUGAUCUCUUUACGCCUUUUAGUGCAGGGCUAGUAUAUUUGAUGUAUCGUUGUUUCGAUGAAAUAUGUAUUUGUAAGCCAAAUACUUCAAGGCCUGCAAAUUCUGAGAGAUACUUAAUAUGCAAAGGAAAGCGACAUGAUACACACGACGUUAUGAAAUAUUUAUUUCAUGUAAAUAAAUUACUAUUAAAGCGAGACGAAGAUAAGGAUGUUAUGGAAUUAGUUCCAUUAGAAGAAUUAGAAAUGGAAAAGGAAUUUUUGCAAUAUUUGAGAAGAUCUAACAAUAAUCUUGGAAAAAAACAAAUUAUAGGUCUUCUCAAAAUAGCUGCUUUUUGUGAAGAUAAUACACUUUUUGAACCAAGACAAGCAGAUAUGCGACGACAAUGCUUGGAAUAUUGGGAACUACCAGAUGAAAGUCGUACAGUACCGGCUUUCUGUAAACCGCAAGAUAAAAUCAAACAUCUCAUUAAAGAACGUGAUACUUUACUUUCAUAUCAGCCACAAAAAUUAACAGUUGACAAUAUCAAGCAGACUAUAUUAUCUUCACCAUAUGAUUGGCUAUGUACACCUUGUGGUACUGGACAAUUUACAGAACCAGAUAAAAUGGCUACAUUUUAUAUGAGUAUGGGAAGAAGAAAAGUAUAUCGUUAUAUAAAGAAUAGUUGGGAUCAAAUUAAUGACCUUAAAAUAGAAUUACCUCCUGACACCCUCGUAUAUGCUGAAGUAAUAAGUGAAACCACUAAAGAAAGAAAGAGUCAACACAAAGUAUUUGCACUACAUAUUUUAGAUGCUUGGAUACUUGGUGGAGAAGAUAUCAGUCAAAAAUAUUUGCCAGACAGGCAUGAACUUAUAAAAAAAUUUUGUGAAGCUUUAUGGAAACCAUCUCCUAAUGAUUUCGCAAGAGUACGUGCGAAAGAAUUAUAUCCCUUUGAUCCUGAUAUCGAUAAAAAGAUACAAAUUUUUCGACGUCUUAUGAAAAAUAAUCGUCCAGAGUUAACUUGUGAUAUACCAAGAACAUCUCUAGACGAUGAGGAUACACCAUACUUCGUACCAAAAAGUGUCAUCUUUUUGAGAAGUACUAGUCGACCUUGGUUUCGAUAUAAGAGUAGAAGUCAAAAUGAAACAUAUGUUCAUAAUAGUAAAACUAAUGAAUCACAUUACGAUAUACGAAGGCCACCAGCAGCAGAAGCUAAAUUUGAAGAAACAUUUUCUAAUAGUAUUAUAUGGUUUUGGCCCCAUGAUGAAACACUUUCUAUGGAAACUGUAGUACAAUUUGUUAGAGCAAAAUGUUUAGGAACAAAUAGAUAAUAAAUAAUUAUGAUACAAACAGCAAGAGUUAGAAAUAUGAUAUAUAUACCAACCUACAUAUGGUUAAAUAUAUAUAAUAUAAAAAAGAAUCUUUCAUUAUUUAUAAUAAUGAUACUCAUCAUUUCUGCUUAUAUUUUAUUUAAGCAGAAAUUUUUAAUUAAUUUUGUUUUGUUAGGUUAUCAGAUUUAAGUUAUUAUUCGAAUAAAGUCUAUGACGAAGCGUGAUUACAUAUGUUAAGUUGUAUUGACUUGUACGUUUUCGAUACAAGAGAUAAAACUUUUAUAUGAAAUAAUCAAUUUUUGUUUAUAAAGCUAAAUAAAACACCUUGUUACGAUAUGCAUGCAAGUAUAUUCUAUAUAAUAUUUCUUUAGUGGUAUUUUGUUUUGCCCCAGUAUACAUUAAUUAUGUAUAAUAUUAUUUUAUAAAGUCGUAAUAUUUGUCAUUAAAACAGCUUAAGUAGAUUAUUUAUUGUAUACGCGCACGCGCGCGCGCGUGUGUAUACACGUUUAUUCACAUACGUGCAUACGAUUUAUACAUAGUUUAUGUAUACAUAAAAUAUCAAUAUGUACAGAACAUAGUAAAAAGUAUAAAAUUUUAUGGAUAAAUUUGUAAAUGAUACAAUUUGUUUUUAGUAAGUAUUAUUAAGUAUUUAUUUGUAGCAACUGCUCCCAUUAUGAUAGAAGAUGAAGAGUCACAUUCCAGAUCUACAAUCCAUUGUUUACUUAUCUCAGAACCACUUUCAGGUUUUUCAUAAAGAAAAACAUGUCUUGUAUGUUCUAUUAUGGCAACAUAAGAACCAUCUGCAAAGCAUAGCAUUGAACGAAGAAUAAAAUUUAACAAUCUAAGUAAAUAUAAAUCUUACCUGGAGAACAUACACAAAAUUUUUUAUUACUUUUACUUGCUUCAACAUACCCAAAACCUGGGAAUGUUGUAGUAUGUUUUAUAUUCCAUAUAUUGUCUUCUACAAUAUCAGUAAUCCAAAGACAGCCAUCAUGAUCGUGUCUAAGACAUAUUGCCUGUCCAAAUUUCAUUUUAUAUGUAAAUAAUACAUGAUUGUUUGUUCCAAGAGUAGCUAGAUGUGUUGUUUUUUGUGAUAUAAGAUUUAUUCUUUGCAGAAUGUUGUCUUUCCCUUCUAUAUCACAUUCUUCCAAUUGUUCAGAAUUAAAUCCUAAAUAUGGUUGACCUUCUCCACAAGGUGCAUCUAAAUUUUCAGAACAUAAAUGGGCUAAUCUACAAAUAAUAUAAAAUAUGUAAAUAUAUAAAUAUGUAAAAUAAUGUAAAAUAAUAUAAAAUAAAAUGGCAAUAAUACCUAGAAUGAA